CCCCAGCCCUUUCCCAUUUCAUUCAGCUUCUUUCUGGGUUAUCUGUUCUGUGCCCCCCGUCCCCCCAAGUGAUUGCGGGGAGGAGCCCGGGGCCUGUCACAGGCCGGAGACCGGGGACGGAAGUGAAGCGCUAGCCGAGAGAAGAGGCGGAGAGCCCGGAAUAGAGAGCGCACGGGAGGCCGAGGUCUGCUGCAGCUGGGAGCGGCCGCCCGCAGCUCAGCAGCCAGCUCCUGGGUAACCGCACACAGAGUCUGUAGUAACCAUGAUCUGUGACGCUCUUCUGCAGCAGGGCACUGAGUGCUUGUGAUCAGCCUCUGUCCAGAGAAACAAACCCCCUGCUUGUCAUCUUGUCGCUGCCCCUACAAACAGGGAAUCAUUCAAGAACCUACAUUAAACAGUGACCCAGCUACAAACACAGAAUGCAAAAACAGUAUAUGACACCAGACAAAAAAACUAGCUUAAGUCGCACCGGAAGGGGAUAUGAGCAGCCAACUAUAGCCUCAAAAUCGCGUUCACCAUCGCCCUACACAAAGCGACGUAUGUGUGAGCUGUCAGAGGAUUACCGGCAGAGACUGGCUCAUCUGAACCUUGGACCUUAUGAAUUUAAAAAGGAAACUGAUUACAAGCCCCCGUUUGUGGUUAAACAUGUAGAGUCAUUAAUCCCUUCUCCUGAAGCAACCCUGACUUUAUGUUCUUCAAAAGCAAUCACAAGACAGGAAGUGUGUGACAGGCUGCUCACUGAUGCUUCUUUGCUUGGCAGUUACAGACCUGUGGAUCCCAAAAUGCCUGCAAGGAAGCAAUUUGAUGACCUUGGGGCAGUCACAGAUAGCACCAGCAAGGACUCACUACCAGCGCCAGUUUUCAGGAAAUUGCGCUCCGCUAGUUUCUCAUUCUCAUCAUCAACACACAAACACCCAGACAGUCCUGUCCUGCAUCGGUCAUCACUCAGGGAAAGGUUCCAGUCUCAUCACAGAGCAACGGUAAACUGGGAGGAAAUCCAUACGAGAGUCAAGAAUAUGUUAAGGACGCACAGCGCUAGACAGCGGCUUCAUUUUAGUACGUCCAGUAACGAGGACAUUCGCAGCAUGAAUCCAUCGCAUAACGACUCUCUGCACAUCCAUGAGCUGCAGGACAGCACAAGCUAUGCUCCAGAGAAGCCUGUGCACCUGGACAAUGGGGAAUUCUGGUCUAGCAGAGCAGCUGAAUACAAGGGAAAGAGCCACCGAGCUGUGUUUGAAGAAAGCAUGGAGAAAAUAUACAGGAACAUGUACAGAAAUUCCUCAGAUCCGAACAUGUACAGGAAAUCUUACAAUUCCUAGCAGCCAGUCCUGUCCCGCAACUGGGCGCCAAAUUAUUAUUGGUCAACGUUCAACUGAAUGAACAAAGCCUACACAGUAUUACUGAUUGUUACUGAGCAUGGACUGAAUGUUACAAACUUUAUAAAUACACACAGGUUAUUCCCUUUGACCAGUCCUGUUUUCUAUUUUUUUAGUAAUAUUUUCUGAUAAACAGCUCUUCCAGGAAAACUUACUUUUUUGUAUGUUUUUGAAGUUGUUCACAUCCUCCUAACUCCCCACUUUAAUUUGAUGAUUGUUACUAUUACUUCCUGGCCAUAUUAGCUGAAUUACUGGGUUUGUCUGCGCAGCAGCUUCUGCUUGCGGGGAGUAAAUUAAUUAAACUAAGAAAAUGCUGCUGAAGUUGCAUAUAGUGCCUUAACCUGAGAGACGGUGAAGUUCUGAUUUUCCUAUGUUGUCUGUUAUUUCAUAAUACUGUGUUUAACAACUGUUAGAGAAAUUAAUACAUUGCUGUAGAGCUGAACAAUAAGAGGGAUUGUGGUUUGUUUCAAAGGGAACUGAAACCCAAAAUGUUUGAGUGUACAAUUAAAAUAAAACAUAAAAAAAAACCUUUGCAAUUAACUUCUCUAAUCAAAUUUACUUAAUUUGUUUUUGUAUCCUUUGUUGAAGAGCAUACCUAGAUAGGCUCAAGAGCGUGCACGUGUCUGAACAUUAUAUGGCAGCAGUUUAGCAUCAAAUCCUUGAUACAUUAUGGAAACUCUGCUUUAAUCUAGUGUUUAAAAGUGUAUAACAUUAUUUAAAGUACUGGUGUUAAGCUUCUGCAAUAUAAUAACAUAGACACAUGCAUGCUCCUUGGCCUACCUAGGAUUGCUUUUCAGCAAAGAAUACCAAGAGAGCAAAGUAAAUUGAUAAUAAGGGGUAAAAGGAUUUUUAAUUGUAUGCUAUGUGUGAUGCAUGAAAGAAAAAUGUUGGGUUUCAUAUCCCUUUAAGCAGAGAUCGGGCCUGAUGAUCAAAAACUUGCCGGCAUGGAGAGAAAUCAUGUGACAACUUCUGGGACUUUUUUGAGCAUUACAUUGUAAUGAAUGUGUCUUCCCUUUACAUGCAGAACCUGCACAUAAAGAGCUCUAAAGUUAAAAUUUGACAUUAUAAAUAUAAAUUUCUUUGAGAGACCUCACAAUACUGAAGAAACCUCUUAGGUCAUCUCACCAGAGCGGAGAGCUUUAGAUCAUCUCACCAGAGCAGAUAUCAUUAGAUUAUCUCGCCUGAGAAGAGAGCUUUAGAUCAUCUCGCCUGAGCAGAGAGCUUUAGAUCAUCUCGCCAGAGCAGAGAGCUUUAGAUCAUCUCGCCUGAGCAGAGAGCUUUAGAUCAUCUCGCCAGAGCAGAGAGUUUUAGAUUAUCUCGCCAGAGCAGAGAGUUUUAGAUUAUCUCACCAGAGCAGAGAGCUUUAGAUCAUCUCGUCAGAGCAGAGAGCUUUAGAUUAUCUCACCAGAGCAGAGAGUUUUAGAUUAUCUCACCAGAGCAGAGAGCUUUAGAUUAUCUCGCCAGAGCAGAGAGCUUUAGAUCACCUCUCCAGAGCAGAGAGCUUUAGAUCAUCUCACCAGAGCAGAUAUCAUUAGAUUAUCUCGCCUGAGAAGAGAGCUUUAGAUCAUCUCACCAGAGCAGAUAUCAUUAGAUUAUCUCGCCUGAGAAGAGAGCUUUAGAUCAUCUCGCCUGAGAAGAGAGCUUUAGAUCAUCUCGCCAGAGCAGAGAGUUUUAGAUCAUCUCACCAGAGCAGAUAUCAUUAGAUUAUCUCGCCUGAGAAGAGAGCUUUAGAUUAUCUCGCCUGAGAAGAGAGCUUUAGAUCAUCUCGCCUGAGAAGAGAGCUUUAGAUCAUCUCGCCUGAGAAGAGAGCUUUAGAUCAUCUCACCAGAGCAGAGAGCUUUAGAUCAUCUCGUCAGAGCAGAGAGCUUUAGAUUAUCUCACCAGAGCAGAGAGCUUUAGAUCAUCUCGUCAGAGCAGAGAGCUUUAGAUUAUCUCACCAGAGCAGAGAGCUUUAGAUCAUCUCACCAGAGCAGAUAUCAUUAGAUUAUCUCGCCUGAGAAGAGAGCUUUAGAUAAUCUCGCCUGAGAAGAGAGCUUUAGAUCAUCUUGCCAGAGCAGAGAGCUUUAGAUUAUCUCACCAGAGCAGAGAGCUUUAGAUUAUUUCACCAGAGCAGAGAGUUUUAGAUCAUCUCGUCAGAGCAGAGAGCUUUAGAUUAUCUCACCAGAGCAGAGAGCUUUAGAUCAUCUCGUCAGAGCACAGAGUUUUAGAUUAUCUCACCAGAGCAGAGAGCUUUAGAUUAUCUCACCAGAGCAGAAAGCUUUAGAUCAUCUCGUCAGAGUAGAGAGUUUUAGAUCACCUCACCAGAGCAGAGAGCUUUAGAUCAUCUCACCAGAGCAGAGAGCUUUAGAUUAUUUUGCCAGAGCAGAGAGCUUUAGAUUAUUUCACCAGAGCAGAGAGCUUUAGAUCAUCUCGUCAGAGCAGAGAGCUUUAGAUCAUCUCACCAGAGCAGAGAGCUUUAGAUUAUCUCGCCUUAGCGGAGAGCUUUAGAUUAUCUCACCAGAGCAGAGAGCUUUAGAUCAUCUCGUCAGAGCAGAGAGCUUUAGAUCAUCUCGUCAGAGCAGAGAGCUUUAGAUCAUCUCACCAGAGCAGAGAGCUUUAGAUCAUCUCACCAGAGCAGAGAGCUUUAGAUUAUCUUGCCUUAACGGAGAUCUUUAGAUUAUCUCACCAGAGCAGAGAGCUUUAGAUUAUCUCACCAGAGCAGAGAGCUUUAGAUUAUCUCACCAGAGCAGAGAGCUUUAGAUCAUCUCACCAGAGCAGAGAGCUUUAGAUCAUCUCACCAGAGCAGAGAGCUUUAGAUCAUCUCACCAGAGCAGAGAGCUUUAGAUCAUCUCACCAGAGCAGAGAGCUUUAGAUUAUCUCGCCUUAACGGAGAGCUUUAGAUCAUCUCACCAGAGCAGAGAGCUUUAGAUUAUCUCGCCUUAACGGAGAGCUUUAGAUUAUCUCGCCUUAACGGAGAGCUUUAGAUCAUCUCACCAGAGCAGAGAGCUUUAGAUUAUUUUACCAGAGCAGAGAGCUUUAGAUCAUCUCACCAGAGCAGAGAGCUUUAGAUCAUCUCACCAGAGCAGAGAGCUUUAGAUUAUUUUACCAGAGCAGAGAGCUUUAGAUUAUUUCACCAGAGCAGAGAGCUUUAGAUCAUCUCACCAGAGCAGAGAGCUUUAGAUCAUCUCGUCAGAGCAGAGAGCUUUAGAUCAUCUCACCAGAGCAGAGAGCUUUAGAUUAUCUCGCCUUAGCGGAGAGCUUUAGAUUAUCUCACCAGAGAGGAGAGUUUUAAAUCAUCUGUCCAUACUGUGGUCAUGGCCCAGCCACUUGGCGUUUGUGAGUUAUUAGUAAGUACAGGGCACCUAGGGGCACAUCGCUACACUCACUAAAUUAUGCAGCACCGUCUUAGUAUCACUAACCCUUGUCCAUAUCUCAGGCAUCAGAAACCAUCUCAAUUCUAAAUAUGUCAGAGACCUCUCACCUUUCUCUGUAUGUAACGUCAGGUUAUACUUGUCAUUUUAUGUAAGAUCAGUCCCUGAUUGCGCACUGUGCAAUAAACAAUUUUAUUGGGUAAACACAUAACUAUCCCAGGGGAUCUGUAUGCUCCGCAUAGUGAAUUAUAGGUACAUUGCUAAUAUGGGGAAUUCCCAUAAGAGUGCUAUAAAUUGUAAUAAUAUUCCUUCAUUUUAGCUAAAGCAAAGAGAAAAAACUUGACACAUCCGAAAACUUUUUCCUGUAAAAGAAAAUAUAAGUUCAAUAAAUCAUAAUGUUUUUCUAAAA